UUAACUCGAAUGGAAAUCAAGAAAGAGCUUAUGACCGCGAUUACUUCCAAUUCUCUUUCGCGCACUCAUCAUAUCAUUCACAGUCACAGAGCAAUGAAUCAGAUUGAGAUGAACUGAGCAAAACCGAACCUCGAUUUUCCGAAUUCAGAACUAGAAGAAACCAUGGCUACUCAAUCGCCUUCUGGUCAAACCACAGGUAUAGGUGGUGAAAUUGUGCAACCUGCAAAUGUUGAUCAGCAUAGUUCCGAUUCAGUGACGUCGGUUUUCGUGAAUUCUGAGCCAAUUCGGGAGGAUCAAGUUCAGAAUGCUGUGAAAUUUCUGUCACACCCGAAGGUGAGAGGUUCGCCUGUUAUCCAUAGGCGCACAUUUCUGGAGAGGAAGGGGCUCUCGAAGGAGGAGAUAGAUGAAGCAUUUCGGCGAGUGCCUGAUUCGCCUCCGAGUGUGCAGACUCAAGAUGGACAGUUAAACUCAUCAUCAAACAUUCAGCAGCAAGGCCAGCCACAGGCUUUACAGCCAGCUGUAUCUGCUUCUACUGCCGUUACUACUUCGCGGGGAAUCUUAUCAUGGUACAGUUUUCACUGGUCACAUGCCCUUGUUACUGUUGGAUUUCUGGUUACUUCAUGUGCUGGAACAACUAUACUAAUUAAGAAAUCUGUUCUUCCUCGGUUAAAAUCUUGGAUACGCAACGUUGUCUUCGAAGAAGAUUAUGGCCAAUUAAAGAAAAAUAACUCAAAACCAUCAUUGGCCGAAGAAGUUGCACACGCAGCAAAAGCAGCUGCAGCUGCAGCUGCCGAAAUGGCGAAAGCCAGCCAAGAGAUGCUGAGUUCAAAAAGUGAAGAGAAGAGAUACUUUGUAGAAGUUGUGAGCCUUUUAGAUAAGCAAGUGCAAGAAAUGAAGGUAAUGACUAAUGCGAUAAGAAGAUUGGAAGCUUCAGGUGGACACUCCCUCUCAAAGAUAGAUGAUUACCAAGUCGCUCAGACAAGUUCAAAGAUACAGCAAUUAAUUGCGAAUGGAAAGGAAGACUAUGAGUUGCGUUCAGGGAAAACAUCAUUGGCUCCUGCUUCUGUUGAACCAUCUAAUGCUCCUCAUCCAAAGUCAUAUAUGGAGAUAAUGGCCAUGAUCCAAAGAGGAGAGAAGCCUUCUAACAUUAGAGAUAUUGAUGAUUCACCCCCAAACCCUUAUCAGCAACCAUCAAAUCCUCGCUUAGCUCCUAGAGCAAAGCCUUGGGAAGUUAAUCAGGUGCAAACCAACUCUACCCAAGUUCUUCAGUCUCAAGUAAAUGGCAAGGAAUUCAAGAUACCAGAGUCCUGGUCGCAGACAAAAAAUGUCAGAAUCACAGAGACUGAUAAUGUAAUUGAGUAUAAUGGAGCACCUGCUGCAUCCAGUCAGCAGCCAGUCCAACGCGUGUGGGUUCCUCCUCAGCCCCCUCCGGUAGCUAUGUCGGCGGCUGCAGAAGCAAUCAGACGCCCAAAGCCAAUCGUCCCGAAGGAGUCGAUGACAGCUGAUCAGCCAGUAACUCAUUCCGCAGACAUCUCUGAUGGAGUGGAGAUAAUCUCAAAAUCCAAAUCUGAAGGUGCAAUAGAAAGUAUCAGGGUCAACUCACUUGUAAGCUCUGGUGAGAUCCAAGGUCUCAAUCACGAAGAGCAAUGAAAAUCUUUGUACUUAAAUAUCCUGAUUGAUCCAUCAUAACAGUGCAUGAAGUUGCAAAUAGAACUUAGUUUGCUACCUGAAUUGUCAUUUCAUUUAAUAGAUGCAGGCACUCUGGUUCUCUAAUCUCUAGAGCAAUUAUUCUUUGAUACA